CUUUAUCUGUUUGUUUCAAAAUGUUCUUCCCCUUACUUUUUUGUUUGUUUUUAACGUUGUCGGUAGGAGUUCCACUACAAGAGGAACCCAAAAAUGGCUUUGGAAGUCGAAUUAUCGGAGGCCAGACUGCAUACGCUAGUCAGUUUCCUUUUAUAGCUGCUCUUAAUGUCCACACCAGCGAUGGACUUUACUUUUGUGGAGGUGCACUUUUAACUAGGUCGUGGUUAGCGACUUCCGGACAAUGUGUCGAUGGGGCUAUUUUGAUUAAUAUUCAGCUCGGGUCUAACUCUUUGGACGCUGACGAUCCCAAUGUUAUUAAGCUAACUACAGACAGUUAUUUGUUACAUCCAGACUAUGACCCUCUUACUUUGGCUAACGAUAUAGGCCUUGUCGAGUUUCGUUUGCCCAUUACAUAUACUGAUUAUAUCAAACCGGUCAACUUGUUACCAGCGGCUACUUUAUCCGAUCGCUCGUCUCUUGUAACAAUGGGUUGGGGGCAAAUAAGUGAUGAGGACGGUGAACUUCAAGACAGAAUCCAGUAUGUAUCUGUAGUAAGCAUCCCUAAUGUAGAAUGUAAGUUGGUUUAUGGUAACCAAAUUUUUGAUACAAUGGUGUGUGCAGAAGGAAAUUAUAAUGAAGGGACUUGUUAUGGCGAUACUGGUGGUCCAUUGAUACAGUACGUAAGCAGAGGUCAAUUUAUGCUUGUAGGAAUAUCAAGUUUUAUUAGUCAAAACGGCUGUGAGAGUACAGAUCCGUCUGGAUACACAAGGACAUUUGACUAUGUCGCAUGGAUAAAAAAUAAUACGGGCUUUUUUUAAUGACAUACCUAUGUAAUAAUGUUCAAUAAAAUGCGGUACAAUUA